UCCUCAUUUCACAUAUCCUUAGCUUAAAUUCCCAUAUUUCUUGUGCAUGGUGAUCAGUGAGCUCCCUAGACUCUUGCACCAUCAUUAUCUAGUAUCCCUCAAGUCACCUAUAAUACUUUUUUGUCAAUAAACGAUAUGACAUACAUCAAAACCUAAUCGAAGAUUUAUCCGUCUUCUCUCCAUGCAAGUACAGAGCAGUCAGAAAGGGAAAGAACAAAGCAAGGAGAUGGCAGAUCAAGAUCAUGCUAAGGAGGAAACUCUUCCACCCGGCUUUCGAUUCCAUCCCACUGAUGAAGAACUAAUCACAUACUAUCUCAUGAACAAAUUAUCAGAUGCCAGUUUCACAGGAAAGGCAAUUGGUGAUGUUGAUCUUAACAAAUGCGAGCCAUGGGAACUUCCAGGGAAGGCAAAAAUGGGAGAAAAAGAAUGGUAUUUCUUCAGCCUUCGGGAUCGGAAAUAUCCAACUGGUGUGAGAACAAACCGAGCCACAAACACUGGUUACUGGAAGACCACAGGGAAAGACAAAGAGAUCUUCAACGGCCAAACAUCAGAGUUAGUUGGAAUGAAGAAAACAUUGGUUUUCUAUAGAGGGAGAGCUCCUAGAGGAGAAAAAACCAACUGGGUCAUGCAUGAAUACCGCAUCCACUCAAGAGCUGCCUUUAGAAAUUCCAAGCAGGAUGAAUGGGUGGUUUGCCGUGUGUUCCAGAAAAGUGCUGGAGCAAAAAAAUUUCCCUCAACCCAAUCAAGAGCAGUGAAUCCCUACAACUUGGAAAUAGGUCCUAGUGUUGUACCACAACCAAUGAUGCAGCUGGGAGAUCCUGGUCAGUUCCCUUACGGAAAGAGUUACAUGAGCAAUGCAGAACUAGCAGAACUCACGAGGGUUUUUAGAGGCAGCGGCACCGGAUCACCUAGUGUCAACCUGCAGCAAAUGCAACCCCAGAUGAACUAUCCACUACCACUAGGAGGAGGGUGCUUCACAAUAUCAGGCUUAAAUUUGAACCUUGGAGGUGGAGGGACACAACAAGUCUUGAGGCCCAUGGCACCAGCACAACCUCCUCUAGGAAUGCAUCAACAAGAUGUAGCUAAUUCCUCCAUGAUGACUAGUAGUUCUCUUGCUGCAGAAACUGCAGUCUAUGGUGGGGAUCAAAUGAAUCACUCAAACGCACCUGGCAAUAGGUAUAUCGGCAUGGACCAUUGCAUGGAUCUAGAUAACUACUGGCCUUCCUACUAAGUGUGGGAGAGAAUUCGGGAUAGAGGAUAUUAGUCCAGUCUAUGAUAACUGUAGAAUAGAUAAGGGCCGGGGUUGCAAUCAUAGAAAUACUUCUGUUUUUCUGUUUAAGUACACAUUUGGUUGAUCCUUGACAAUCACAUUGUGGAUUGGUAAUAGCCAGCAUUGGAAGUCAAAAGUUUCUCGAUUA